AACUGCGCAUGUGCACAUCCGGGAGCUGCCAAUGGCGAACCAUACGUGGCAUUAGAAAAACUCUGUAAGUCACUCAAUAUUUUCAACAUUUUACCGAAAAAACAACCCAAGACAACCUUACAAAUUUAAGCGAAGGAAGUUCCUAGUCUCCUUACAAAGACUUUAGAUUUUCAGCUUGACUUCGCAUCUGGAAGUGUGGAAAAACAGAGGGUUUAGAUGACGGUAGUUGCCGGCGGCCAUUUUGUUUACGACAUGUGUGAUGUGACUGAAUGAAUGGUGAUGUGUUGUUAAUGACAUUAUUUAAGUCUACGUGUUUACGCAUUCGUCACAGGGGACAGCGUAUUAUACGUAGAUAUCUGAUAAAUGAAAAGGUUAUUUGCAAUUUUAGGCAUUCACAUCUUCGGCAAGUUGGGAGUUUGAGCAAGGCCGUCACUCGUCAGGCGUCAAUAUUUUUCUGUUUUUUGACAACUGGUUACGACGAAAAUGUCACAGUAUAUGAAUCAGGGGCCCCCACAGCAACAAGGAGGGUACAACCAGCAGCAGAACUAUGGAGCGCCCCCACCCCAGGGUAGGGGUCCAGGCCAGUACGGUGCGCAACCCACAAACAAUUACUACGGUGGGGUGAAUACACAGCCCCCGCCCACUACAGGCCCUCCACCCAUGGGACCCCCAGCCCAGGGGGCCAAACAGCCCAUGGGGGCUUUUGGUGAGGGGCGGGGCAACUAUCCACAGCAGGGUUACGGCCCCGGUGUGCCUGCAAUGAACGGCCCUUCCAGCCAAGGAGUUCCACCCACUUCCUCCAAUCAGCAGCCAGCUUAUGGGCAACCUCCACAGAAUAACGGUUACGGUGGUCCACCUCCAGCGAGCAGUGGGGCGCCCCCUCUCGGUGGACCGCCAACUGGUCCAGGCCAGACGGGAUACGGAGGACAACAGAAUAGAGUACCCGCCCAACCAGGACCCCAAACACAGCCCCCAGCCAGUCAAGCAGGUUACUACCAACCACAGCAGCAGCAGUAUGGCUCCGCACCAGGCCAACUGUCCAAUCAGAUGGCUGGAAUGAACCUUAGUGGUCCACAACGAGGGAUGGGUCCUCCACCAACAAGCAUGGCCCAUAGCCAGCCUCCUCCAAGCAUGGCUGGUCCCCCUGGUCCAGGCAUGCCUGGCCCCCCUUCUAGUAUGAAUGCCCCCCAGCAUAGAGGAAUGCCCCCGUCGAGCAUGCCAGCCAGUUCAGCCCCGCCAGCAAUGUACCAAACCCAGUCUGGUGCCCCACCCCCAACUGGUCCCCCGUACUCUGUCAGUGGGCCAACUAUGGGAUACCAGCAGCCAGGACCAGCUAGUGGUCCUAUGCCCCCAAUGUCUCCGGCUGGGGGUCCUCUGAGACCUGGGGGUGCUCCACCCUAUGGAAAUGUCGGACAACCGGGAAUGGGUCAACCAGGAAUGCGACAGUCAGGAAUGGCCCCACCUGGAAUGGGCCAGCCAGGAAUGGCCCAACCUGGAAUGGGCCAGCCAGGAAUGGGCCAGCCAGGAAUGGGCCAGCCAGGAAUGGGCCAGCCUGGAAUGGCCCAACCGGGGAUGGCCCAACCUGGAAUGGGCCAACCGGGAAUGGCCCAACCUGGAAUGGGCCAGCCUGGGAUGGCCCAACCAGGAAUGGGCCAACCGGGAAUGGCCCAACCUGGAAUGGCCCAGCCUGGAAUGGCCCAACCAGGAAUGGGCCAGCCUCAACAGAAGAGAUUGGAUCCAGACCAAAUGCCUAGCGUGAUUCAAGUGAUUGAAGACGAUAAGAAGAAUCGCGGCAAUCAGCAGUUUAUAACCAACGUCAGAGGCCUUGUCCCGCCACUUGUCACAACAGAGUUCCAGGUUAUUGAUCAAGGCAAUUGCAGUCCGCGGUUUAUGCGCUCCACUAUGUACAACAUUCCCUGUACCCAAGACAUGAUCAAGCAAUCACAGGCGCCCAUAGGACUGGUCAUCUCACCCUUCGCUAAGCUACCAGAUAACGAGCCACCACCGCCUAUCGUAGACCACGGCCCCAAUGGCCCAGUGCGCUGCAAUCGCUGCAAGGCCUACAUGUGCUCCUUCAUGCAGUUUGUGGACGGCGGUCGGCGAUUCUCCUGUGCCUUCUGUACAUGUAUCACUGAAGUUCCGCCGGAGUAUUUCCAACCCCUGGAUCACAACAGCCGCCGAGUGGACGCGUACGAGAGAGCGGAGCUGAGCCGUGGGACGUUUGAGUACCUGGCCACGGCCGAUUACUGCAAGAACAACACGCUCCCCAAACCACCGGCCUUCAUCUUCAUGAUCGAUGUGACCUAUCAGAGCAUCAAGACUGGGAUGGUGCAUCUACUCUGCAAAGAACUCCACUCUUUGCUGGAGAAGUUGCCAUGUGAGCACGGCAUGAAGGAGUCAGUCAUCCGUGUCGGCUUUGUCACCUACGACUCCUCGUUGCACUUCUACAACCUGAAUAGCGCCCUCGCUCAGCCCCAGAUGCUGGUGGUGUCGGAUGUGCACGACGUGUUCCUCCCUCUGUUGGAUGGGUUCUUGGUCAACCUGUCGGAAUCCAAGGCUGUCAUUGAGAGCUUGUUGGAGCAGAUCCCUCAGAUGUUUGCUGAGACAAGAGAAACGGAGACAAUGCUGGGGCCUGUGGUACAGGCGGGUCUGGAAGCCAUAAAAUCAUCCGAUCGUGUCGGCAAGCUCUUUGUCUUCCAUGCGUCCCUCCCCAUUGCGGACGCCCCGGGCAAACUCAAGAACAGAGACGACCGAAAGCUCCUGGGAACUGAAAAAGAAAAGACAUUGUUGUCGCCACAGACCAACUUUUACACCAAGCUCGGUCAGGACUGCGUAGCGGCCGGCUGUAGCGUGGAUCUCUUUCUCUUCCCCAACUCCUACGUAGACGUUGCCACUAUCGGUCAGGUAUCCUCACAGACCGGUGGGCAAUGCUACAAGUACAACUACUUCCAGGCGGCCAACGAUGGCGAACGUUUCAUCCAGGACCUGACCAACAACAUCCAGCGUCCGAUCGGCUUUGAUGCAGUCCUCCGUGUCCGUACCAGCACCGGUAUCCGACCCACGGACUUCUUUGGUAAUUUCUACAUGGCCAACACCACAGACGUGGAGCUGGCGGCCAUAGAUAGUGACAAAGCCAUCACCGUGGAGAUCAAACAUGACGAUAAACUGUCUGAGGAUGCAGGAGCCUUCGUACAGGUCGCUGUGUUGUACACCAGCGUAUCGGGUCAAAGACGACUGCGUGUUAUCAACCAAUCCUACAACUGCUGCCAGCAGAUGGCCGACAUGUACCGCAAUUGUGAGAUGGACGCGAUCAUCAACUUUCUGUCCAAGCAAGCUGUGAAUUCUGUUCUGACCUCCAACCCUAAGGCUAUCAGAGAGGGUCUGACCAAUCGAUGUGCCGCCACCCUCGCUUGCUAUCGACGAAACUGUGCUACUCCAUCAUCACAGGGCCAAUUGAUUCUACCAGAGUGCAUGAAGCUACUGCCUCUGUACAUCAACUGCGUACUGAAGAGUGACGCGCUGUCGGGCAGCACGGACAUCACAACGGACGAUCGCAGCUGGCUCAUGGAUACAGUCCGCUCCAUGGAUGUGGCCUCAACGGCCGUCUACUUCUACCCAAGACUCACACCACUGCAUGACUUGAACCCCAACUCUCCAUCGUUGCCGACGGCUCUCCGUUGCUCUGUGGAACGUCUCCGUGACAAUGGCGUCUACCUCCUAGAGAACGGCAACGUCAUGUUCCUGUGGAUUGGCUUACACGUCAGCAACGAUUGGGUCCAGGACGUCUUUGGGGUCCACUCCCCGGCCCAGAUUGACAUCGACUCCAGCAAGCUGCUGCACAUGGACAACCCAACAUCCCAGGGAGUCCGUAACUUGGUGGAGAGGGUUCGGAAGACUCGACCACGGUACAUGAAGCUGACUUUUGUCCGACAGCGUGACACCCUUGAAGCCUGGUUCCGUCACUUCCUGGUGGAAGACAAAGGUUCCAACGCCUCGGCCUCAUACGUGGACUUCCUCGUCCACAUGCACAAAGAAAUCAGGAAUCUUCUCAACUAAAGGGGCUGGGUCUCUCUCUCAUCCUCACCUCAGAGGGCUGAAGAAAUGCUUCUUGAGAUCCUUCGGAAAGUUUUGUAAGUGGCCAAAUUUGUCAGAGACAUCUCAGUGUUGCAAGCUGGGAAGCUACCAGCUUUGUGUGAACAUACUUGGACCUUUAACCUUUUGCUUUGCUGGGUUCCAGUCAUGUAGUGUUUCUCAUCUCAUCUCCACCUUUAGUUUUUGUUAAAGUUGAGUUAUAAUGUGCUGUAGUCUUGUGAUAACACAAAGAUCGGAAGACACAAAGUAAGAAAACUAAAACAUAACAUGAUUAGAACAAAUCAACCAAAAGAGAAGUUAGAAUUUCUUUUUUUUAAAUGUGUCGGUGACUCAAGAAGGUACUUAUGAAUGAAAGGUUUGCGGAAACACCAUGUGUGAAUAAUUUCUCAACUAAGAGAAUGGUUCUGAAAAGAACCAGAGGUAUAAACUUGACGUUCCUGUCAGUAUGCUCUGACCGUCUUCAGGAGAGAGUGAAGAUGGUCGGAGCCAUUCUUUUAGUUGAGAAAUUAUUCGCACAUGGUGUUUCCGCAAACCUUUUAUUCAUUAGUAUCUCCACCAUGCAAAGCCUCAAAUCUUACUCAAGAAGGUACUUGAUACAAACGGGAAUUUGAUUUUGGAGUUGAACCCAAGCCCUGAUGAGAGCAACUCCAGUGCUCUACCUACCUAGCUUUCCAGCCUUAUUGAUAAUUUCAGUUUCUUAAAGAUACUUUGAAAUUAGUAUUUCAAGUACCCUUGGGUUUUACUGACUCUUUUUUGGAUCAUUAGAAGGAAAAGGAAAGAAAAUUGAGGGUAUGGGCUUCGAAAAACAACAUUGGAAGAUGACUACCAAAGUUUUAUUUUUAAUCGAAGGGCUUCUGGAUUUUGUCUUCUUUUUUAAUUGUUCUGGGGGUAGUGGGGAGUGGGCAGGGGAAUCCAAACACCAAGUAUGAAAGUGAUUUAGAGGAAAAUCUUUUUUAUUGGCCUUGCAUAAAGCUGAAAACAGGUAUGACACCGUGUACAUGCAACAUGCCCUUGUUCUUUUGAGGGUGACUAUUUUUGAUAAAAGUAUGCGAAUAAUUUCAUGUCAGCAAGUAACUUCAAGUUGAUCAAUUUGGGAGGAAGGACACAUAUAGGGGGAUUAAAAUAAUAUUGGAGCAUGUAUAAAACCAGAUUUUGGCUCAUAUUUCUAAUGUAAUUAUAUCAUAUUAUUCAACAUUGGAAUUUGAUUUGGUUAGUAAAUCUAAAUUUUCUGAUGACAUGUUUAAAAAAAGUCUGAAGUAAAAAGGUUAAUGAAUAAAAACAAUUUACAAGUUGAAAAAGAAUUUCAGCAGAAACAAGAACUGUGCAACCAUUGCAUAUAAACAGCGCCCUCUUGGGGGCAUACUGGUCUCUUGCUAUGUUUAAAAUUAAAAAAAACAACUAUGUACAUAAGAAAGAUGAAGGUGAAAGAUGCGUUACUUAAUAUUAUAUAACAUUGUUUAACAGUUAUGUUGCAAAGGGUCUAUUUUAAUUUUGUUCAGCUUUAUUUGAUUUUUUCCCCCAUAAAAUUUUGCGCUGGGGUUCAAAAAGGUGGACUGUACUAAAGACUGUUUUGUUGAUAGAUAUGUGCCUUCAGUUCCCCAUAGUAGUGCUUCUAAUUUUGUUUUUUUGUCAAUUUAUUUUCGGUGUUUGACAAUAUGUUUAAUUUUGGAUUUCUGUUGGACAGCAAACAACCCAGGGUCUUAUAGUGAAUGCAAUUCAUGAAUGUGUCAGUGUGAUCCAACACUGUGCAUUUAAAAAUGCAUAAUUUUCAUAACCUUUCCCAUUCUAAAACUGUUUUCUUUUUUUGUGUCUGAAAUUAUUUUCUAUAAUGCAAAUUUGGGGUAAAUAUUUAAAUUAAUGUAAACUGCGAGUAUAUGAUGCGACAAUUUGAUUGGUCCAUCUGCCUUUUGGUGAUACAUGAAUAUGCAAAUACUUCACAUCCUUUUUGUUCAUUGGUCGAUUGUGAUCACAUGCCACAUAAAUGAAGGAAAACACUAGUUGUUUUUAACAGGAUGCCAAGUAAGGAAUGUGAAUUUUUUCCAAGAGAAACUGGCAUGCAGGAUUUAAACGAAUGCUUUAAUUUUCUUUUCUUUGGCUCUGUUUUUAACUUGGACACAUAAGCAUCAGUUAAUGAAUGGUUUGCCUUUGCAACGAAUGUUCCAUGUAGAAAAAUUUAUCAGAUAUUGUAUUAAAUAUCAUAUUGCAAAAACAACACAACAAA